UGAAUAUCUUUCCAUCCAUAUAUUCUCGCCCCACACCACCGAUUCCCCCCCCCUCUCUCUCUCUCUCGUAUUUUUUAUGUAAAAAACCACACUUUUUCCUUUCAUGUUUUGCUUUCUACCUCUCUCCACUUUCUUUUGUUUGUAUAUAACGUUAUCUAUUAUUUGCCUAUAUGAAUAUACAAUUUCCCUUUCUCACGCAGACUUCGUAUGCUUGUUUGUUGUAUGCAAGUGUCAAAUCGAUCCUGCCAAGCAUAAUUCAGGGCAGGAAGAGUCGACCUUCAGACGACAACAGUCCUUAUCAUUAAGCCAAGUCAUAAAUUGUAAUCACCAAGUCCGUAUAUCCAGAGCUCUUCUAUCUUUAGAAGGACUGCAGACAAACGUAUUUACAUAAAGGAAAAAGAUGAAUCAAACAAGAAUAUCGAUAAGAAAAAAGAGGAGGUGGCUGUUGUGUACGUAUGAGGGAUGCAUGGCGCCUUUUGGAUAGCGGGCUUGAAGAU